AGAGACUUUCCACAUCUUUUACAUCUAACGGCACCUAACUAACCGCGACGAUAAACAUUUCCAACAGCGAUAAUAGUCAUGAUGGUAAUGACUAACUAUAACACGACAUGGUGUACAAUCACAUGAGACCAUCCAUGCAAAGGCGGCGCGUGAGACUGAUUCUGACUGGAUGUCUUGAGUGUACAAACACUUUAUAACAUAAAAUAUGGUGGAGGUGAUCUUCCAAAAAGCGCCAGAAUACUCAUAGUAUCUUAUCAAGCAAGAUGAGUGAGUUAUGUGUUUAUUCUUAAACAUUACAUUUCUGACAUUAUGCAUAGAUAAUGUUCGUCGACAAGCUCGAAAUGCAAGAAUUACAUCCGAACGGGACCAACCACUAGACUGGAACCCUCUCCUACGAUGCAGGAGAUGGGCUGACGAUAGGUUCAAUAUUUACCAUGACGGACGGAGAGAUGUGGAAGCCGUACGAGCGCAGAAUGAUGAUGCACAAGCUUUGCCUUCACGCAUGGAGGCCUUUUAUGCGCAUUCGGAUCCUGAAAUUGUUAUGAUCACAUCUGCUCCGGAGUUUUUACCUCCUAUACCAACCAUAGAGCAGAUCGCAAGGCCACAGCCGGCUGGUGAUUUAAGUGCGGAGAAAACCACAAGCCCUAUCGCCGUACAGAAAUAUCCUCGGCAUCGAUUUCCACAAUCUGCUGCAGAGAGCAAAGCAACUUCUGAACUUGACACAGCUAUCAAACACCAAAGAAGCCAUAAACCAUCAUCUGUACAUUUGGUCAAACAAAUAGUAGCAAUUUUCUGCUCGUCAUGGCUAUCAGUCCUUCUUCCAUUUAUUCCAGCAGGAUUUGCUUCAAAUUACACCAACUCACCACCAAUCCUCAAUUUUAUAUUGAACUUCUUCGCCAUCUUUCCAAGUGCUUCCAUUGUUGAUAUGGCUAUGGAUGAGGUGAUGUUACAUUUUGGAAAUACUAUUGGUGUGUUGAUAUAUAUGACUUUUGGGAAUAUCGUGCAGUUGGUUACCUCGAUCCUUCUACUCAAAACUCGCCAAGUGGAAAUUCUGAAAACUUCACUAGUAGGAGGUAUUCUUAGUCGAGUUUUGUUAAUAAUGGGCGCAAGUUACUUUGCAGGUGGAAUCAAUCGACUAGAGCAGUCCUUUGAUGUAGGCUCUGCAAGCCACGUGGCCAAUUUCUUGACAUUAUCUGUGGCUAGCUUGAUUAUUCCAACAGCAUCUCAUGCUUUUGCCAAUUCUACUACGGAGAAGAUUGCCGCUCAAUCACGAGGAACUUCGAUUGUACUUUUGCUUGUAUACGGUGUCUAUCUUCUUUUCCAGCUAAGAACACAUGCACAUGUCUUCAAUCCAGAAGUCAUUAUAGUAAUUUCAGAGUCCUUAACAUGCUUUACAAACGCUAACUUUGAUUAAGGACACUAAAAAUGUACCAAAACAAACCGUUAAAGGUGUCGCGAAAGACGGAGUAACUCAAAGUCAACCUUCCCCUCCACCAGUCGUAUCCUCCAAAGACGAAGUUGUAGAGCCUCAACUAUCUAUGACAACCGGUAUAAUCACCCUCGUUAUCGGUACAGUCGUUCUCGCGUUCAACACCACUUUUGCAGUCGAUAGUAUUGAUGGUUUGACAGCCGAUCACGCCUCACCCACUUUCGUUGGUUUGAUACUCCUCCCAUUCCUCGACAACGAUCUUAUGCCAAUUAAAUGUGCGCGUAUGGAUAAAUUAGACUUGAGUAUCAUGGCAUCAGCUGGAAAAUCUCUUCAGACUUCCCUACUCAUUACGCCACUCAUCGUGAUCAUUGCUUGGAUUUGGGGUAUUGAUGAUAUGGGUCUGCUGUUUGAUGGGUUUCAGGUGGCGUCGCUGUUUAUGGCGGUUUUAAUCUUCGAUUUUCUCAUAGCUGCGGGAAAGAGUAAUUAGUAGGUGUAUCUCAAUAUGUGUCUAGAUAUGGCUGACUCGAUAUAGCUUGCAAGGUGUUUUACUACUUUCAAUUUAUGUCAUGAUAGCUAUAGCAGCUUGGUAUACUUAAAUUGUGUCGGAGAGUUGAUAGAUGAUUUCUUCAUAAUUCGUAUUGUCGAUACUUUAUAUCAAAUAUCUAGGACCAAUUCCGUAUUCUUGGGCCUUUUACCCGUUCAUAUUUCCAUCACUCAGCAUUGGUGACUUCAACUUGUUAGAACAGAAAACA